AUACCCCGACGACCAUCAUGAGGACCCUGGUUGCACUGUGCUCGCUGGUGGCCUGCGCCGUGGCUAAGCCCGGCAUUGGAGCUCCUCUGGCAUACUCUGCCGUCGGUCCUCUGGGGUACCCGCUGGGCCUGGGCUACGCCGGCCACCUGGGCUACUCCGCCCUGGGCUACUCCGCCCUGGGCUACGCCGGCCUCGCCGCCCCCGCCCCGGUCGCCUACGCCGCCGCCCCCGCCGCCUACGCCGCCGGAGUGCGCACCCAGUACCACGCCCAGGACGAGCUCGGCCAGGCCGCCUACGGCCACUCGGAGCCCUUCCAGACGCACAACGCCGUGCAGGACGUGUACGGCAACAAGAUCGGCAGCUACAGCUACGUGGCGCCCGACGGCCAGGUGGUGAAGGCCGACUACGUGGCCGACGGAGCCGGCUACCGCGUGGCCAGCAACGCUCUGCCCGUCGGCCCCACGGCGCUGCCCGUGGGCCCCGCCCCCGUGCAGGACACCCCCGAGGUGGUGGCGGCCCGCGCCGCCCACCUGGCCGAGCUGGAGGCGGCCAAGCACCGCUCCAAGAGGGGCAUCGCCGUGGGCCACACGCCCGCCAGCACCGCGCUGGCCGCGCCCCUCACGCCCGUCGUGGCGCCCGCCCUCGCCUACUCCGCCGCCGCCGCUCUGCCCUACACCGCCGCCGCCGCUCUGCCCUACGGCGCCGCUCUGCCCUACGGUGCGGGCCUGCACUACGGCGCCGCUCUGCCCUACGCCGCUGGUCUCCCCUACGGCGCCCCCGCCGUGCGUGCCGCCACCCUCACCACCGUGGUCAACAACCCCGGCCACGCAGUCUCCUACAGAGUCGACUGAACCCCUAGAACAACUGCCGACGGGCUCUAUACCACCACACGCGCUUAUUUCCUCCCUUCCAAAGCCAUGCCCCGACGACCAGUCUGCAAUAGUAUUCUAUUUGUAAAUAUGUAAACAACAGGAGCUGUGAGAGUAAAUAAAAAAAUAUU